CGCAAUAAACAAACUGAAGCUACUCUUUAGUUAGUUGGCAUCUCUCCAACCCCACCUAUCUCUCUUUUGCAGUUACCGAAACUGUUUUACAAAUAAUUUGAUGCUCUGAGGGGAAGAGAUAGAGAUAGAGAGAGAAAGGGAGGGGGGAGAGAAAGAAGGGAGUUAACAGGAGGGAGGGAGGGACGGAGGACGAGAGUGAGAGAAAGGUGUUUCGUAUAUGUACUAGUGCACGAGACGUCAUCCACACAGUACAGGAGUUAAAGCCUGUGCCUUUAAGGUGGAUUCAUAAUUUCAACCCAAUCGUUUUCUCCAAGCAACAUGUCGGUCUCAUGCUUUUUUGGGUUCACCGUUGCUGCAAUCUCUCACGCUGCACUUGAAAUAGACAGCUGAUAUACAGAAAAGUAGAGUGGCGUGCAGGGGAGGAGGAAAGCGGAAGGACGAGAGAGGAAGAGAAGGGUUGUGUCUUUCCGGCCUAUUUGCACCCAAGUACAGCCUAGUGAACCACAAGCCCAGCAACCAGGACAGACAGCAAGAGAACAAAGUCAAACCAUCGAUUAUUAACAAGAGCAUUAACAAGAGCAAGGCCUGAACGAAAGGGAAAUUCCGAGAGCAGUGAAGAUCAAAGCCUGACACUCAAUCGUAGUCAAACCAAGAACCCCGGUGGCUGAUGACGGAUUCUAGAAUGUACAUUUUUCUGCUCUAGUCUUGUAAAACAAACUUCCAAUACCUUUCAAGCCACAACGCUGUCGCUGACUCACCUCAGAGAGAGGAAGACAAACGUAAUCUGAGAGAGAUCAGCAAAACCCUUCAGGGACGGUUGACCUCUGUGACCCCUCUCAGUUCUUGCCCAGUAUGGAGCGGAUACGGCUGAUGCUCGGGGCUCUGCUCCUCUCCCUUUCUCUGCCCAGUCUCCCUGCCCAAGAUAAUGUCACCGUCACCGUACCUGAGAAUGUCACCAUGGCAGCACCUACUACUGAGGACGUCACGAUUGCAGCCUCUACACCUGAGACCACCAUCGAGACAAUGACUUUUCAUUCGGUCGUCGCCACGGCACAGCCCGCCACUGAAAUCAUCACCCCAGUAACUUCUGUUCCAGUACAUACCACUGAUCCCAUCACUAUGGUAAUAACAGACCCUGAGACCACCACCGGUCAGGUGAGACCUCCAAAUUCUACUUCAGAGGCUGAGACGAUGACACCUUCCCAUGUGACCACUGAAGGGCCUGUAGAUACGACCACUCCGCCUGGCCCUAAACCCACACUCUCCCAAGACGUCCUGAUGACCGCCUCUUAUCUCCCAACCACUUCCCAGGACCACCUGACUUCUGUUAUCCCAGUCUGGCCACUCCACACCACCCCUCGUCUGACAGAGGACUCCUCUCCUACACCUGAACCUAUCCACACUGCCUCAGAGAGUACUGCCAGCCACACAGAGGGACUUACCACUGCACCUGCCUCCCCAUCGGUCAACGCCGCUCCCGGCCAUGCCACGACCCCCACUACCACCCACACCUCCACCUCCACAGAUCCAGACUCUACAGUGGCCGAGGUCGUGGUGGAGCCAGGUCAGCCCAACUUGUUCUGGGUCAUCAUCGUUGCUCUCCUGGUUGGGGUUAUAUGCACCGGCAUAGUCUACUGCGUAUGUCUGAUCGUCAGACGAAAGAAGCAGAGCCGCACCGUGAACUUUGAGUCCAGCUUCCGGAACGGGACGAGUUCCAAGCGGAAGAAAGGGGCGGAGGAAGACGCCUGGGCUGGGCCAGUGAAGUUAGGGGGCGGGGACAGGGAGGAGGGUGAGGGCGGGGAGGAGGGAGGGAGCCCAGAGGACAACAAGACAGAGGGGGCUGGAACGGAUGUGGUGCUGAGCACAUUCAUAGCCAAAGAGACUGAGGAAGAGAGGGGUGGGCCUGAUGGGGGAGUAGGAGUGGCUGGGAGCAAGGAGGUGGAGAAAUGGGAGGAGGAGGAGCCUCUGCUGUACAUUGAUGAGGGAGUGUAGGAGGGGCUAGAGAGGAUAGCUGCUCCUUCACUCUCAAAAUCUAACUCUGAGAAAAAGAGAGGAGGGGGGCAACGGAGAGGGGGAAAGUGAAAAAGAAAUGGAGAGGGGAGAAGGGAGAAGGGAAUGGACAGAAAUAAAAUGAGAGUGAGAGAGGGGAGCAGAAUGGAGGAGCUGCAUACUGUCUAACCACUGCAGUUUAAAAAUAGAACAGUGUUCCAGGAAGGUUUUUCUAGGUGAUAAUUGUAAAAGUGUUUGAUAUUUUUGUACUACUGAAAAGGCCUUUGACAUUGUAUGUAUGUUCUGUCAACAUAACAUGGUUUUACCCGUUGUAUUUUGUGUGGUGCUUUUUCUUAAUCGUUUUUUUGUUUAAUAAAGUUUUAGGAUGUGCAGAGAGCAUGUUCUAGAAUGAAGUUGUUGAA